AUGAUGCAGGCCAGCAAGGGCCCUUGGCAAGGAUCCUCGCCUUCCUUGGCCACACCUUCAAGGCCCCAGCUCACAAGCUUUGCAUCUGUUUGCGCUUCAGAUGGCCGACAACGGAGAGUUGCUGAGGUAUCCUCCGGUGCCAGUGCUGGUGCUGAGCUACUUCGGAUGCUCAAGGGCAAUGACUUCGACGGCACGGCUGCAGCUGCGCGGGCUGCUCCUGGUCCGUCUGCUCAGGGACACGACCCGGGAUACGAGGAGUACGACUCGAACUGGAGCUGGCAGGGCUGGCAGGGCUGGCAGGACUGGCAGGAUUGGCAGGAUUGGCAGGAUUGGCAGGACUGGACAGAAUGGGAAGAUCCGUCAUGGAACGAGGUUGCGAAGCGGCCAUGGGCCUUCUGCUCAGAGCGGCACAGUGGAGGUUACGAGCCGCAGCGACCUCCGGAGCCUUUCUGCAGCCGGGACUACGCGGCUUUUGACUUUGACGAGGCACAGCCAGAGUUUACAUCAUUGGCAGACAUUGCGAACAGAACGAAGCUGUUUGCGGAGGCUUCAAAGAAAAGCGUAAUGCAGGACGCGACGUCGCUGAUGCCCGGCCCAAGACUUCCCAGCUACGAGAACGCCUUGAGUGGGUCUGGCUUCCCUCAACAGUGCCAAACUGCAUGGGAGCCUCUCACCUCGAUCCCAGUGCCCGUGUCCCUGCGGAAUGCGGGCAUGAGCAGCCAUAAGACAGAGUUGCACUCGCGGCGGGAGCUCCUUGAAAUGCGGCCCCGACCCUUAGAGGAGAAGUCGGAGCAAUGUCCUGGCAUGCCGUCGACGAUGGUGUUGCCAGCACAGGACCAAAACUUUGUGCACUCACUGCCAGCAGCCGGAAGCCCGGUCACUGCGAUGGCUGGCGAGCUGCCAUCAAGUUCCCAACUGGAACCUCGGGCCUAUUCUCGUGGCUUCAGCAAGUGGUUCGGUCCCAAUGCAGUGCCGCCGCCAGAAAGCGUUUUCGCCACAAGCAUUGGUAUUCACGAGGCGGGCUUCUCCACAGAUGCCGGAAGUGGCGUGGAGUCCAGCGAGGAGGAGCUGCCGAAGUGA